AUGGCGAGCAGCAGCGGACCCAAGGCCGAUUUCAUUGUCGGAGGGAGAUACAAACUGGUACGGGAGAUCGGGUGUGGCUCCUUCGGGGACGUUUAUUUGGCGAUAGACCUCACCAACCACGAGGAAGUGGCAGUGAAACUAGAGUCACAGGAUGCGAGGCAGCCCCGGUUGGUACAUGAGAAGGAGCUCUAUAAUGUUCUUCAAGGUGGGGUUGGCAUCCCCCAGAUACGGUGGUUUGGUCAGGAAGCGGACUCUAAUGUGCUCGUCAUGGAUCUUCUGGGACCCAGCCUUGAAGACCUCUUCAAUUUCUGUUCAAGGAGGUUCACAAUGAAAACUGUACUUAUGUUAGCUGAACAGAUGAUCAGUAGACUCGAAUAUGUGCACACACAGAAUCUGAUACACAGAGACAUUAAACCGGAUAACUUCCUAAUGGGUACUGGGCAGCAGUGGAAGAAGUUAUUCCUUAUUGAUUUUGGUUUGGCUAAGAAGUACAGAGACAGCAGGACAGGGCAACACAUAUCGUACAGAAAGGGUAAAAGUCUCACUGGCACGCCUCCCUAUGCUAGCAUCCGUGCACAUCUUGGUAUUGAACAGAGUCGCCGAGAUGACAUGGAAUCAUUAGGAUAUGUCUUGAUGUAUUUUAAUAGAGCCAGCCUGCCAUGGCAAGGACUAAAGGCUGCAACGAUGAAGCAAAGAUGUGAAAAGAUUAGCGAAAUGAAGAUGGCCACACCUGUUGAUGUUUUAUGUAACGGAUUUCCUGUAGAAUUUGCCAUGUACUUUAAGCAUUGUCGUGGGCUGUCCUUUGAGGAAGCCCCGGAUUACACAUACCUGAGGCAGCUAUUCCGCAUUCUUUUCAGGACCCUGAAUUACCAACAUGACUAUGCAUUUGAUUGGAUAGUGCUACAGCAGAAAGCAGCACAGCAGGCUGCCUCUUCAAGUGGGCAGGGUCAGCAGGCCCAAACACCUACAGGCAAUCAGACUGACAAAACCAAAAGUGAAGUGAAAGGUUCAUAA